AUGCUGUCUUUGUUGUUUUCCAUUACUCACGUGCUCGCACGAGACCUGAUACUGAACGAUAUGAUGUACAAACGAUUGGCUAUAGGUAUAUCGAUAAGUGCAAUUUUGAUCUCAGUUUUCAAGCUUCAUUUACCUAAUAUCACGUCACCGAUAUUUUUGGCUCGCCUAUAUUCACAUCUUCACAUUCCUUGUUCCAUGUCCAGCAUCCCCUCAAAUCAUCCUUAUCACAAGGAGUUGGAAAUCGCAACCUUAGCAGUCAAAAGAGCUUCAAUUCUUACAAAAAAGCUAAGCGAUUCAAUUGCAGCUACCCUGAAAAACGGCACCCAGAUAAAAGACGAUAAAUCCCCUGUAACUGUGGGUGAUUAUGCUGCUCAAGCUAUCGUAAACCAUGCACUUCAAUUGAACUUUCCAUCCGAUAAGAUUGUUGGCGAAGAAGAUUCCAUUUCUUUGCGUGAUGGAUCUGAUGAAGCAAAUAAAUUGAAUAGUCGUAUUCUUCAAAUCCUAGAGGAUGCCCAGAAAGAAACUGCCUCCCUCAACAAUCAAUUGGGCGACCUCAAAACUAUUGAAGAAAUUCAUUCCAGUAUUGAUUUAGGAAACUAUGAAGGCGGACCAACUGGUAGAUUUUGGGCAUUGGACCCUAUCGAUGGAACAAAGGGAUUUUUGAGAGGAGAUCAAUUUGCUGUUUGCCUUGCACUAAUUGAGGACGGCAAAGUCGUCCUCGGUGUAAUAGGUUGUCCAAACUUGGCUGAACAUAUCGUCUCUAAUGAAGAACAGACAGGCAGAAUAGGAGGUUUGUUUUCUGCCGUUCACGGCUUGGGAUCUUACUACUCGCCUUUAUUUGAAUCGAAUGAGUUCGUCCCCCUUGCUAAACAACAAAAACUUCAGAUGACUGAAGAGACUUCGCCAUCAAAAUUAAAAGUGAUGGAAGGAGUGGAAAAGGGCCACUCAGCCCACUCUACGCAGAGCCAAAUCAAGCGGGAGUUAGGCUUUGAUGAUUCGACAGUGGCGAAACAAACAAUCAACUUAGAUUCACAAGUCAAGUACUGCGUUUUAGCAAAGGGACAAGCUGACAUUUACUUGCGCUUACCUAUCAAUGACACUUAUAGAGAAAAGAUUUGGGAUCAUGCUUCGGGUAACAUUUUGAUUCAUGAAAGUGGAGGUCAAGUAGGCGACAUCAGGGGAAGUCCGUUGGAUUUUGGUAAAGGAAGAUACUUGCAAUCCAAAGGUGUCAUUGCUGCUAACAAGAAGAUUUUUGCUACUGUCAUUGAUGCUGUUGAAAAAGUUUUAAGUAAGCAGUAA